CACGCCUUCGGGGUCUCUACUUUCCAUGCUAAGCCUGAUGAGUUCCACAGCGGAAUAUUCUCCUGCAUCCUCCGCAAAAGGAGCCAAUAUCGGCCACCAUCCCUUGCCCUGGCCAGGUGGUGGGCCCGCAGUUUAUCUUCUAUGCAGACUACACCUUGGACCGGUCAGAUGUGGUCACCACACCCUGAACUGGUCACCAGGACACACUGAGUCGGAAGUGAUUCAAUGCGGGUCAGCAACGUGAACCAUUCCAUCUUUUCCAGAAUCACCCAUCUCUCCAGUUGUUAUUGGGUGAUGGUCAGGGUAGGGGUUGAAGUCUCUUCCACUUAGUGGCCCACAAGACGGGUUGCCAGUCAAUCCCAGGAUGCAUCGAGAGGGAAUUGAUCCCGUGGCUAGCUGAAGAAGUCAUCGACAUGAACCACGAUAACAGCCCAGAUUGGAAUCUCUUCAUGUUCCACCAGGAAGGGGAGUGCAUACAGCCGGAGGCGGCGCACUUUCAAGCAACUUCACUUUAAAAACGGCUCAACUUUCUAUUGUCUGCACUUGAGCAUCUACAAUUACUGUUACUGCGGCAACCGGCGAGCAAAGUGAGAGCGGGAGUGUUGCAGCAUGGGACUCAGCUGCUUCAAGUCCUGGAAACAUGACAGAACGGGCCUCAAAGGGAACAGAGACGUGUUGGCCAGCCCGGGCUCGUAUUUCUUCCUGUCCAAUAGCGCCGGCCAGGGGGACGAGUGGCUGAAAAGCCUCAACAAGUCUGGAGUCUGGAUUCCCUUCACAGGUGUGUUCGGUCAGCGUCUGGAGGAGACGGUGCUGUACGAGCGUCGUUACGGCGUACGCUCGGUUCCCCUGGUGGUGGAGCAGUGUGUGGCCUUCAUACGAGAGCGGGGCCUCCAGGAGGUGGGCUUGUUUCGUCAGCCGGGACGGGCGAGCUUGGUGAGGGAGCUGCAGGAGGCCUUUGAUGCAGGCGAAAGGCCUUCCUUCGACAGUAAUACAGAUGUCCACACGGUGGCGUCGCUGCUGAAGCUCUACUUGCGACAGCUGCCGGAGCCUUUGAUUCCUUUCAGUCACUACCAGGACUUCCUGCUCAGUGGCCAAAAGCUUUCGAGCGACCGCACGCAGGGCUUGGGGGAGUUGAGGAAUCUUCUUCAGGAGCUACCUGUGGCCAAUUUCAACCUUCUUAAGUUUAUAUGCCAAUUUCUCAACGAGGUACAGAGUCACUCAAAAGGGAACAAGAUGAGCUGCCAGAAUUUAGCCACAGUCUUUGGACCAAACAUUCUUCGGGCCAAAGCAGAGGACCCGGAAAGCAUCAUGGGAGGUGCAGCGCAAGUUCAAGGGCUGAUGUUGGAGCUGAUCAGAGAGCACCAGUCCCUGUUUCCCAGAGUUCCUGCGUAUACUGCCAGAGGGUUUCGCGCUUCGCCCGGUGCUCUCAGACGACCGCAUCUGCACCAGCCGCCCUGCCUUCGCCAGAUGUCGCUACCGCUUAUUGCAGAGCGGUGCAGAGAGCCGGGACACGCUACUAGCUUUAUCCCCUCAGCUGCAGCCACGUCAGAGGUAACCUCAGACAACAAGACUUUCCUUGGCCAUCGCUACACCUCGUCGCAUCCGGAAAACUGCUUCUACCCGCUACCUUCCUCAAGUCAGCCCCUGCACAACCACGGCCAGGAGAAGACGAGAGAUCUACAUCAGUGCCUAACCACCGGUGGAUCAUCCCCCGCAAAUGUUUGUAGCUGGAUGGAGGUCUGGACCAGUCUGGGAGAGGCAGGCGACAGAGGUGGCAAAACAGUGGCAGGCGAGCACCUGUGGAGUUCCAGCGCCACCCAGAUCGCAGGGGCAGAAGGCGAGGGUCCCCAAGCGGCCGGCGGAGGCGGCAGUGAGGUGCAGGAAGACAGCACCCCAUCGGAUUAUGACAACCUGAACAGAGCGCCUUCUCGUCAGACCAUGGAGGAUGUCGCCGGUGAACAUUUCGACCCCAACGGUGAGGGCAACUCCGGCGAGGAAUCAGAGGAGGCGUGGCAGACCGUAGACGACUCCUCGUCGUGGUCCUCCUGCGAGGUUUUACAGCCGGACCAGGGCAGCGAUCCCGAGGGUCGAGUUGGUCCUGACUUGAAACCGAUGAGAUCCCCCUCGAGUCAAGCUGCAGAAGAUGACAAACACCUCGACGGUGACACGGAAAGUGACCUUGACGGAGGACGCCAUCUGAACACGCCGACAUCCGGCUCGAUCCUCAGCCCCCUCAGCACCGGCAGCUCAGAGGUGUUCCUCCCGUCUGGCCCUCCGGAACCUUCAGCAUCCGAGCCCGAUGAUGCUGAGUCGCUCCUGACUGAACUUCGACAGCAGAUGGCCCAGCAGAGGAGCGAGUACCAGGCUAGGAUACACAGGUUAGAGCGCUGCAACGACGCCCUUGAGCGGCAGGUGGCCGCACUGCGC